GUACAGCCACACAAAUCCUCGUCUUUUCAAAGUUCAUAGCUCAACAUGGAGGCGCCUAGAAAACGGUUACGGUUUGACGCAGAUGACCUGAGUGAUGAGGAGACAUUUGGACUUGAUUCGACACAGCCCUCAGCAUUGUCUGGCAUCCCGCAAGAUCAUGAACCGCAAAAGGACGAGGACGAACUAAGACUUGAGCGCAUCCUCUUUGGCAAGCUGUCUGCUCCGAAGGUCAAGCCACGAAAGAAGGAAAUAGGCGACUCGCCUGAUGCUGAACAGUAUGUGACUACUGGCUUGGAGAAUGUGCGGGAUGAGGAUCUCUUUGUGAUGGAUGACCUUGUCACUCCUGUGACGGAUUUGCUUGGAGAUGAGGAAGAUGAGAUACCCCAAAUGUCGGAGAGUUCUGUUGAAUCGGAUGACGAGUCCGAGUCCAAUGGGCCACAAGAUUCGACUUCCGCUUAUCCCCCCCGACCGACGUACGAAAUCCCAAAAAUCAAAUCCGCUUGGGCAGACCCGUCCGAUGACAACAUCAAAAUAUCUCUUGCGGCUGAUACACGGCUCUACAAGCUGCGCGACUCCCUCGCAGAUGAUGAAGUUACAGGGAGGAUUUACGAAGCUAAAUUACGGAGACAGUUUGAGCGCAUGAACCCCACUCCGGAGUGGGCAACCAAUGCACGCGGCAAACUCCACCAGAAGCGGAAACGUCUUUCUUCCCUUGACGGUGCUGAGGAUGAGCACGAGGAACUAGAACACCUUCUCAGAUCUACCUCCGGGAUAUUGAACACCUCAGCCAAGGCCUCGGCGCUCCCGUCGGAUUCCUUGAAGAUUGAACACCUUCGUGAUGCAAACAGUGCAGCUAGGUCCUACGCCUCAAUAUUAUCUGUCCGAUUUCAUCCCUCUCCUACUGUGUCUGUCAUGCUCUCGACGGGGAUGGAUAAUCGUUUACGCCUGUUCAAUAUCGAUGGAUUGAUGAAUCCACUCCUACAUACCGUUCAUGCGACCGAGCUUCGCAAACCCCGCGCCAUUUUUCACCCCACUGGCUCCUCUAUCCUCUUAACCGCUGAAAGACCCUAUUACUACGUUUAUGACAUCCAGUCUGAUCGCUUCGUGAAGUCUUCCAGUGCCUUUUGGAAGAGCACCACAUCCAGAGGAAGGAUUCUCCAGGAUCGUGUGGUUGAUUCAUUCUCCAUGUCUAAGUUUUCGCCGGAUGGCAAAUUUCUUGCCGUCGGCGGUCGAGAUGGCUAUGUCUACCUUGUUGACUGGUCACAAAACAUUACAGGAGGACCAGUUACAGGGAGUAUGAAAAUGAACACCGACAUCAAAGAUUUAUGCUGGGUUGGCCAAGAUCAACUGAUGACACUAGGUGAUAAUUCCGAAGUUUACUUGUGGGAUAUCGGCAUGCGACGAUGCAUAAGUCGUUGGAGGGAUGAAGGCACCUAUAAGCCAAACAUACUCGAAGGGAGUACCAAAGGUGACUACUAUGCUGUUGGGACACAUACAGGAAUCGUCAGCGUUUAUGAUCGCUCCGCCGUGCGACAAGAUUCUAUGGGAAGAAGCGUCAAUCCCCUCAAAGAAAUUACCAACCUGAAAACCUCCAUCACCAGCAUGAGGAUAGAUCCUUCCAGUCAGCUCAUCGCUGCAGCGAGCGACGACAAAGAAUGCCAACUCAAGAUGAUACACCUCCCAAGUCUCAAAGUAUUUGCUAAUUGGCCAACUCCCAUGGCAAUUCAUGGUUCAGUUACUGCGUUGGACUUUUCUCCAGGAACGGAAUAUUUCGCCGUCGGAAAUGACAAAGGAAGAGUCAUGCUGUACUCUCUGAAACACUUUGCUGUUUGAAAUGUAAACUGUGCUUGCGUCGACAAGUAUUUUCGUGGGAUAGUGUAUCGAAAAUACUAAUGGUGUUAACUAAUCAUUGUUCGUGAGCCCGUCACA